UCCCGCCUCCUUAGGGGCAUUUUUGGGAUCGUCAUCACUUCCUUAUCGCUUUUUCUACUCACCUGAGAGCUCCAUCCGCACAAGUUCCCUCCCCUUCGGCUCCCGUCCCCGUCUCCCAUUGGCCCCCCUGGGUGUGACGUCACAACCGCCCCUGCAGUGUGAAUGAAUCAAGCGAGUGCGUGACACACGGCGAAAGAACUAGCGAACCCGAAGUCGCGAGCGAGCGCGCGACAGUUUCACGAGGAUAACAACAGGCGCGGGGACACUAAAAGGACAUCAUACUAGGAGAAAACCACUUCAAAAUUCGUGUUAUCUUAUGCGCGUGGGAGAUUAGGAGAGCUCCGUGUCGUUAGCGUGUGCAUGUGCGCGUUUUGUCGGGCUGGAUGAAAAUGAUGCAGAGCGCGGCGGUGUUGCCCAACGAGAGCGCGGUGAAGAGUCUCCCGGACAUCCUCGGCGUGCCACUGCAACAGAUCCCUCAGUGUGCAGGCUGCAGUCAACACAUCUUAGAUAAGUUUAUUCUGAAGGUGUUGGAUCGACACUGGCACUCAAAGUGUCUGAAAUGCGCAGACUGUCACGCGCUUCUGGCAGACAAAUGUUUCUCGCGCGCGGGGAAUGUCUACUGCAAAGACGAUUUCUUUAAGCGUUUCGGGACAAAAUGUGCAUCGUGCCAACAGGGGAUUCCCCCGACCCAGGUGGUCCGAAAAGCCCAGGAUUUCGUUUACCACCUUCACUGUUUCGCCUGCGUGAUGUGCAGCAGGCAGCUGGCCACUGGAGAUGAGUUUUACCUGAUGGAGGACGGAAGGCUGGUGUGCAAGGAAGACUACGAAACAGCCAAACAAAACGAUGAUUCUGAAACAGGAGCAAAACGUCCGCGCACCACCAUCACAGCCAAACAGCUGGAGACACUGAAAAGUGCUUAUAAGAACUCACCAAAGCCAGCACGACAUGUGCGCGAACAGCUCUCCUCAGAAACAGGCCUAGACAUGAGAGUAGUGCAAGUGUGGUUUCAAAACAGACGAGCGAAAGAGAAGCGAUUGAAGAAGGACGCAGGUCGCCAUCGCUGGGGUCAGUUCUACAAAAGUGUCAAACGCAGUCGAGGAUCGAGUAAAACAGAAAAGGAGAGCUCGGCGGAUGAUGCAGGACUCAGCGACAGUGAGCUUAGUUUCAGAGAAGACCAAAUCCUAUCGGACCUGGGUCAUACUAACAGCUUGUACGGAAGUGUCGGGGACGUCACCAAUGGCAACAUGCUAAAUGGGAGCUUUUCGUUGGAGGGGGGCGGGCAGCCUUACCAUGACCUGAGGGCGGGAAGUCCCUACGGCCUGCCACAGUCUCCCUCAUCCAUCACCUCCCUACCCGGCCACACCCCGCUGCUCAACAACUUAGGAUUCAACAUAGAUGGCAUCAUGGGUCCAGGAGGUCAGCCCAAUGUAGGUCAAGCUUUGAGAGCCAUGGCUGGAGGACCAACCUCUGACCUGUCGACGGGAAGCAGCACGGGUUACCCAGACUUCCCCACCAGCCCUGCCUCCUGGCUUGAUGAAAUGGACCACUCCCAGUUCUGAGGUCAAACUUUAAGGUCAUGAUGGCAAAAGAGACUUCAUGGACAUCUUCCCUUGAAAUGGCUGUGUCUGUGUGGCAAAGGGUGUUCGGUAUGCCUCAAUAUUAAUUUAUUCAACCAGCCGUCACCCGGGCUUGACUUCAGCCCGUGUGGUGAUAUGCUGAACGGCACACUGCUAUGAAAACUGAGCGACUCGUGGUGGAAUGUUCAAGCUGUAUCAUAAUUUUUUUAUUUAUAUUUUUUCAUUGUUCUCAAAACUGGAUUGGACAAUUUUCAGAUGAGAAAGACAUUGAUGUGAAAACCCCAAACCUCUCCAUCACUUAUAAAGCGCAACAGGAAGGACCGGACACCUUUCCAGCAACGGCUUUGGCUCUGGAGAUAUGUUUCUGCUUUAUUUUCUCCAUAGUGAUUUCAUAACUGGUAUCUAAAGCAAAAAAUUUAAGCGCUAAAAAGUAUAUGAUCUCUGUGGAGAAAAUAAAUGGGACUUCUAGUGUUGUGCUGUAUACUGGAACACAAUCAAAAUCAACCACGUUUUUGAGAACAGGGGUCUGUGCAUGUUCCUGGUCGAGGAGGAGAACCGUCCACAACAUUAGGAGCCUUUUGAAAUGAUAACGCACUUUAUGUUCCUCCUCGACUGCAUACAAGAGAAGAGAGGAGUGCACCAAGCAAGGAGAGAUAUUUAAACAAGAGGCACAAGUGUAUCUCUCCUACUUACAAGGGUUUGGGAUUUUAAUGGUUUUGACUGACUCAGUUUCUAAACAGCUCUAGUGGAGAUGAUGCUUCACAUUAGCAACAUCAGAGGUCUGAAGAUAAAGAUUAUUUUUAUUAAGGACGAAUCCGCAUGCACCGCUCAAAAUUUUCAUAUUGAUCUCUGGUCAGUAUUACCAUCAAUAUACUUUUAUUUCAUAAUGUCACUCCAUGAGAAAAGACAGAUAUCAUACAUGUAUUAGAAUAUGUCCUUUAUUUAUUUCAGAGCAGAUUUCAGAAUGUUAAUUUCACAAAAUAUUUGAGUCUGCAUUUUUAGGUUGCAGACUCACAUUAUUACAGACAAAUAGACUGAUCUGACAACAAGAUUAUUAACAAGCAAAUCCUGCGAAAGAGAAAUUUUAAACUGUUAUUUAUUCAUUAAUGAGUACCAACGUCAGUAUUAUGAAGAGCUGGAUUAUGGAAAAGAGGAUUGCAAGAUAUCCGAUAUUACUUGGUGAUAUUAGCUGCUGAUAGAACUGUAAUAAUAUGGGAAAGGUUUCCUUUUUUAAUUUGUCAACUGUUAAUGCGAAAUUUGGAGCCGUACAAUGGUACACAGGGGAUAGAUGACUGAUGCAGAUAAAAGUAAAUCUAAACUAACAAAGAGCAACAUGAAAACGAAAAUAACCACUGAGAAAUAUUGUUUUUGUUGAAACUACUGUGCGUUGCCUCUGAACUGUCGAGUCUUAUUGGCUGUAAAUUUUGUAAAGUCUCAAAAAGUGUCCACAGUCUUGUUUCAUGAGCACUAUUUAUUGCUAUGGAUCUUUGAAAAAAGAGCACUGAAUUUAGUCCUAUAUGCCUUCUGUCUAAUGGUAUGAAUUGUGUACAGUCAAAUCUAUAUGGAGAAAUAAAACCGAAUUGUCUUUGGG